AGAGGCCGGGCGUCACAGGUCCUGACAGGGAAGAAGUAGGCAGGUCCUGGUAGGGGAGAGCUGUGGCGGCGCCACCUCGAGUAUAGGUAGCUCCGGUGCUAUGGAGUCGCAAAUUGCGGACUCCCGGGCUGGUGAGACUGCGCGGGCCGCGGGCGGGCGUCCGGCAACAGGCAAAGCCGCUGGGGGGCCCACAGUCUCGGCGCCCCUGGGAGCAGCCCGGUGGAAGCUCCUGCGGCAGGUUCUGAAGCAAAAACACGUGGAUGAUUGUCUGCGACAUGUAUCUGUAAGAAGAUUUGAAUCAUUUAAUCUGUUUUCGGUAACAGAAACCCAAAAAAGGGAAACUGAAGAGGAGGUUGGUGCAUGGGUCCAAUACACAAGUGUCUUCUAUCCUGAAUACAGUAUCUCCUUAAGGUAUAAUAAUGGAUCCUUGAAUGUUGAAGAUGUUCUUACCAGCUUUGACAAUACAGGAAAUGUUUGCAUCUGGCCAUCUGAAGAGGUUUUGGCUUACUACUGCCUCAAGCAUAAUAAUAUGUUCAGGGACCUUGCUGUGUGUGAGCUAGGGGGUGGCAUGACAUGCUUGGCUGGGCUCAUGGUUGCUAUUUCUGCAGAUGUCAAAGAAGUUCUGUUAACUGAUGGGAAUGAAAAGGCCAUCAGAAAUGUGAAAGACAUCAUUGCAAGGAAUCAGAAGGCUGGUGUGUUUAAGACUCAGAAAAUAUCAAGCUGCGUUUUACGAUGGGAUAAUGAGACAGAUGUCUCUCAACUGGAAGGACAUUUUGACAUUGUUAUGUGUGCUGACUGCCUGUUUCUGGACCAGUACAGAGCCAGCCUUGUUGAUGCAGUAAAGAGAUUACUCCAGCCCAGGGGGAAAGCAAUGGUAUUUGCCCCACGCCGAGGGAAUACUGUAAACCAGUUUUGCAGUCUAGCUGAAAAAGCUGGUUUCUCUAUCCAAAGACAUGAAAAUUAUGAUGAACACAUUUCAAACUUCCACUCCAAGUUGAAAAAGGAAAACCCGAACAUAUAUGAAGAAAACCUUCAUUACCCACUUCUGCUUACUUUAACCAAAAAUGGAUAGAAGAUUAAGCUCCUCGAAAGAAGAAGACAUCAAGGGCACAGGGAAUAUUUUCACAAAACCAGAAAUCUGUAAUGGGUAUGAUAUGCAGCAAGCCAUUGGCUCCCUGAGAUUUCCGAGCCCCCAGGACUCGGCCCCCACCCCCGUGUGACAUUUCACGUGUGGGUUACGGACUCCCCCUGGCCUCACCCUCGCUGUUCCCCAGCACCCCUGCCAGGGUCCUCACAGAUUCUUUUUACAGUCUGCUUGUUGCUCUUGCUUCUGCACCAAACCUUUGUUUGUCUUUAAAUAUGUAUAAGCUGCCUGGCUGAGAUCAGAAUUUGACUGGUGAGCAACCUAAACAGUUUUCCCUCUAAUUGAGACAGAAUUUAUUUUGGUGAUUCCCAUACCCCUUUAAAAAAAAAUUGGUCUUUGUUCUGUUUUGGUGGUGGCAGUUUUUAAUCUGUAAACAGAGCAAACAUCAUGAUUCUUUCCUGGUUAAAGAAAUAAGUAAAGCACAUCUUUCUGAUCUCCCUCCAAUUAAUUGUAUUAAAUCUGCCAUUUCUUU